AUGGCAGAUAGCGUGGUUGCGUUCCUUUUGGAACACUUAUCCCAAUUGCUGCAACGCGAAGCUAAGUUGCUGUGUGGAGUGGAAGACAGAAUCAUAUCCCUCCGUAACGAACUCGAAAUCAUAAACAUAUACCUCAAAACUUCUUCUGAAGGGAACAACAACAACAAACAGAUUGAACAAAAGGUUCUGAGUCAGAUCCGAGAUGUUUCCUACUUAGCCGAGGAUGUCAUCGACACAUUCAUAGCCAAUGUUGCCAUCUACAAGAAGAAAAACAUGCUGGAAAGAACGCUUCACAGCUUUGAUCAUGCAAAGUUGCUCCGAGAUGCAGCAGAGAAAAUUGACAAGAUCAAAACCGCACUCAACGAGAUACAUGAAAAUAAGAUCAAAUACUGUCAAGAAAGCAGUGAUCAAUCAACAUCAACAAGAGAAGAGGAGAAUAGGAUGAAAUCACUUCACAGAUUAAGAAGAAACGUGGAGGAGGAAAAUGUAGUGGGCUUUGUCCAUGAAUCUGAGGUAGUCAUCAAUAGACUCGUAGAGGGCGGUUCACCGCGACUCAAAGUUGUUUCAAUUAUUGGUAUGGGUGGAUUGGGCAAAACCACCCUGGCACGAAAAGUCUAUAACAGUGAUGAGAUAAAAAAACACUUCAAUUGCCGCGCAUGGGUUUAUGUGUCAAAUGAAUGUAGGGCCAAAGAGCUUUUGCUUGGUCUUCUUCAAAAUUUGAUGCCAAACCAUAAUUAUGAAUGUAGAAGCAGCAAGAUCAAAAAGGGUAAGAAGAAACACAAGGAAGCUCUGAAUAAUUCUCAAGACAUCUCUAGCUUAAGUGAUGAUGAGCUGAAGAAAAAAGUUCGCAAAUGCUUGGAGUGCAAAAAGUAUCUCCUGGUUCUUGAUGACUUGUGGAAUAUACAAGAUUGGGAGGAGGUAAGAGAUGCUUUUCCUGGUGGAAAUGAAGGAAGCAGAAUAUUAAUAACGAGUCGUUUGAAAGAAGUUGCCUCGCAUACCAGUCGAGAUCCUCCUUACUAUCUUCAAUUUCUCAAUGAAGAACAAAGUUGGGAACUCUUUUCCAAAAAAGUGUUUAGAGGAGAAGAGUACCCUUGUGAUCUUGAUUCUCUAGGUAAACAAAUUGUUAAAAGUUGUGGUGGUUUGCCACUCUCAAUUGUGGUUCUUGCAGGACUUCUGGCAAAUAAGGAAAAAUCACACAGAGAAUGGUCCAAAGUGUUGGGUCAUGUUAACUGGUAUCUUACUCGAGACGAGACUCAAGUAAAAGAUGUUGUACUUAAACUUAGUUUCAACAACUUGCCUGCAAGACUGAAACCGUGUUUUCUGUAUUUAGGGAUAUUCCCUGAAGAUUCUGAAAUACGUGUAAGGAAAUUGUUGCAACUAUGGAUGGCUGAAGGAUUUAUACAAGAAACUGGAAGUAGAGAUGCAUAUGAUGUUGCGGAAGACUAUUUGUAUGAGCUCAUUGAUCGUAGUUUGAUCCAAGUAGCACAAGUGAAAGAUAGUGGAGGCAUGAAAACAUGUCGCAUCCAUGAUCUUCUCAGAGAUCUCUGCAUAUUAGAGAGCAAAGAGGAUAAGAUCUUUCAAGUUUUCAAUGACAACAACAUUUUAAUCCCUACAAAACCUCGUAGAUUGUCUGUCCAUUCUAGCAUGUCUCAUUAUAUUUCUUCAAGCUUUAAUGACCAUUCAUGUGUUCGCUCUUUGUUUUGUUAUGACUCAAAUUGCUUCAUUUCUCACGAUGAGUGGAACUGGCUUACCAAAGGCUUCAAAUUGGUUCGGGUGUUACAUCUUGAAGGAGACUGCUGUUUUAAGAUUCCUGCAAACUUAGGGAACUUCAUUCACUUGAGGUACUUACGAAUAGUCUCAAAAUAUAUUAGAAGUGUUCCAGAUUCUAUAUGUAACCUUCAGAAUCUACAAACAUUAGACUUUGGACCUUCAAUCAUGGUCAUCACAAUUUCCUUCCCCAUUGGAAUAUCAAAGCUCAAACAUCUAAGGCAUGUGUAUACUUUGGGGCCUAUCAUGGUGCGCGGGCACUGUUUAGAAUCAAAUGGUGAAGUAAUGCGGAAUCUUCAAACAAUCUCUUGCAUUGUACUCAAUAAAAAAACAACAUAUCUCAUAGAGAAAGAAAGUUUCCCCAAACUAAGAAAAUUAGGAUUGCAUAUCUCCUCAAACUUCAAGGGUGAUGUGCCCAAAAUGUUGCUAAGCCUUCAACAAUUGAAACAUUUGAAUAAGCUAGAAAUCUUAUUCAAAGUGAAAGGUUGGCCACACUCGCGAUGGGAUAUCAAUUAUAAGCCCGAGGAAAUUUUACAAAGUUUGAAGCACUUGAGCCAUUUGAGUAGAUUGAAAAUCACCAAUGCACUUGACCUUUUAACAUGUGAGGUCAUGUUUCCUCCCAACAUUACCGAGUUAACAUUGGGAGAUAUUACUUGUUUGAAUGAGGAUGGGAUGAAUGCUAUUGGAAAUCUCACCAAACUCCAAAGGUUGAUUUUAACAGGAGACAAUUGGCUUUCAGAUUCAUUUUUUGAUCUUAGUUGUGUUUCAAAUGGGUUCCCACAGUUGCAGGUGUUUCAAAUGAGAAAUUUGCCUAUCCAAAACUGGAAACUAGCUAAUGGUUCCAUGCCACGCCUUCACAUCCUAGAUAUUCAUAAAUGUGAUAAGUUGGAUAGCCUCCCAAGUGAACUAUGGUCUUUGACUUCCUUAACAAAAGUAUGUGUUCGGAGACCUUCCCAUGCUAUGGUUGCAAUGCUACAGAAUUUGGAAGUUGAGAAUGGAUGUCAGGUCAUUGUAGAAUAA